UUUCAAGGUCUGACUCAGGUCCCGGCGAGUUCGACUCGAUCUUGAGAAUUCAAUUGCUGCGGAUGGCGAGCGAGCUGAUCAAUCGGAGACACGAGGCGGAUCAACCCACCGCCGAUGCUUACUACCCGAAACCAAUCAAACCAUGGUUCAUGGUGACUCGUCCGAUGCGUUACUUGCUCCGUGAACAGAGACUUAUCUUCGUCCUCGUUGGCAUUGCAAUCGCCACUUUGGUUUUCACUCUUUUCCCUCGCCCCACACAAUCAACCCCUUACUCGGAUCCGUUCUCCGGCUACGGAAUCAGAACCGACGAAUCGUACGUACCGGCUCAGAGGAAACCUAGCCUCGAGUACCUAAACCGGAUCGGAGCUACAGGCGGGAAAAUCCCACUCGGAUUGAAACGCAAAGGACUACGAGUCGUCGUCACCGGUGGUGCUGGAUUCGUUGGAUCGCAUCUCGUCGAUCGUUUGAUGGCAAGAGGAGACACUGUCAUCGUUGUCGACAAUUUCUUCACAGGUCGUAAGGAGAACGUGAUGCACCAUUUCAGUAACCCUAAUUUCGAACUUAUCCGUCACGAUGUCGUCGAGCCGAUCCUUCUUGAGGUUGACCAGAUCUAUCAUCUGGCUUGCCCUGCCUCACCUGUUCAUUACAAAUUCAAUCCCGUCAAGACUAUCAUAUCCUUCUCUUUCUUU